AUGCUUGAGUCGGUCCCUGAAAACGAAGUGCCCUUUCUCCCCAAGGAAAGUGAAGCUGUACGGACAAUAUGCCGAGGCGACAAGAACGACCGAGGGACUCGGUUCUUGUUAGUCGUCGUUGCUCUAGUCAGUGCUUUAGUUUCCGCUAUAGGGACGAUUAUCAUGCACAACGUUCUACCGACGUCCCAUAUCAUAUCGAGUGCAAGUCAACCACAACAAGAGCUCCUUCCAUCAUUGAAUCUUCCACCGCUCGGAAACGUUCUUCGAACUUACAUCGGCGAGCCAGCCUAUUACGCUAAAGAUAUGAACGUCACCCGCGAAGCAUGGAUGUCACUGUUCCCUCCUGGGAUGGGUUACGUAUCAAUGGACACGAUCAAAAAUGCAGGAGACAUCCCUCGUAUCUUCCAAGACAUGAGUACAGAUGGCUCGGGACGCUUCUGUGUCGCUGCAUUCCACCAACUCCACUGCCUCUUUCUGAUCUACUCCGAUUUCGGACGCGCUCUAAACGGUGAACUAGGGACAGACGCGCAUUCAUUGCACGGCUCGCAUUCUCUGCACUGUUUCGAUUAUCUCCGGGAGAGCAUCAUAUGCGCCGCGGACAGCGCCCUCGAGCCUUUCCUCUCUCCGUUCGACGGAGGCACGCAAGGGAACGGCGUGGACGGCUUUGGAAGCGUGCAUCAGUGUCGGGAUUUCAAGCAGCUAUUUGAGUGGAGUGAGAAAUUUCGAUAUACCGAUGGACGCGACGCAGAAGAAUUCGAGGGGUGA